AGUGAAUCAGGUUGCAUCUACAACUAUGCUGCUCAAUAGAAGAGCUAACAUUUUGCAACUUGUUGUGUUAAGUGCUUAGUGCUGUUAAGAGAAACUAUUUUUAGGAGUGGUUUAAACUGUUCUCUUUCAAAUACCGUGUACAAAUUAUGCUGAUUGUUUUGAUAUGAAAUGGCACUGGAUGCUACAGUAAUAUUUGCGUGCAGUGUUGUUUUGUACGGGAUUUGUGCUCAAACAGAAAUACCAUCCACGUGCAAUGAUCCGCUGACGCCUAGCUUACGAGACGACCAAUUUACGGCGUCAUCGAAGUAUGAUGAGCAGCACGGAGCAAGCUUCGCAAGAUUCAACAGCAGUGUAGGAUGGAUUGCUGGUUCGAACAACAAUGAAUAUCUGAAGGUCUCUUUAGACGGUGUGUGGCGAAUAACAGCCCUGGACUUUGCCGAUUCCAAUUUUAGGUGGCCCUUAAACUAUCUAAGGGUAUCAUACAGCUUGGAUGGAUAUCAAUGGGAUGCGUACAACACGCGUCUUUCCCGGGACAGCUUAGGUAAAAAAUUCCCAAGACAGGGUUCUGUUACAAAGUUGACCCUGGAUCCACCUAUAGAGGUGCGCUAUCUAGCUUUCUAUGGUGCCUCUGCAUACGGAUACCCAUCCAUUCGCCUGGAGCUGUACGGAUGUCAGAUAUCUGCCACGCCGUUUUCCGGGAAAGUAACACAAGUUACCGAUGAUAUACAGGCGGACACGACGUGGAUUCCAAGUCAAAAUCCAUUUGUCAUUUCUCGUCAAGUGAAUGUGAGACCGGAAGUCACACUAACUGUUCAAGCAGGUGUCAACGUCAUUUUCACAUCGAAAACUGCAAGACUUGAUAUAUUCGGUACACUAGUUUCCGAAGGAUUGCCAGAGAUUCGAACCCAUUUUAGCUCUGACAUACCUAUGAUGGAAACAUCUUCAUUGUGGCUUGGAAUUAAACAAUUCUCAGGAGGAAAUGUUACUCUUCGACAUACGACUGUCCGCCAGGCAGUUGUCGGUAUCCAAGGCAACGGUAGUAACAUUCACAUAUCAAAUAGUGAUAUCUACUCGUGCGUGCAAGGCCUUCUUUUGUCCGGAGGAAUAAGUGCAAAUCAACUAGAAAGUGGAUGGGGACCGAUUCUGUUCAAGACAAAGGUCACCAAUAAUGAGCAAGGGACGCGUAUGCAUGGUGUUUUGGGCCAAGAAAUCAUGCUUUUUGAGGCCACGGAUUUUGAUUUGAAUAACUAUGGUAUAGAAGUUGAAAACUGGGCAAACAUACAAACGCAAAUUAUUUCAACGAUUUUAUUGUCGGAAAAUGUGUCAAUGAGCAACAAUAGAAAUUACGGCCUUUACAUCAAGAUUGGAUCGCCGACCGUUGUAGAUGUACGUGGAUCCAUGUUUGUUGGGAAUCGCAAUGGAGGAGUGUAUUGGUAUCAAUACUACACAAACAAUCCAAGACAGGCAUUCACAAUUACAGAUACUUUGUUUGAGGAUACUAAUUUCGGCAUAAGCUAUACGUGUAACUAUUGCCGCACGAGCAAUAUGACGGUAACUAUUGCAAGCAACACAUUUAAUGACAAUAAAAGGGAUAUCUAUAUCACUUUUCACAGCUCGGAACAAUCCUUUAUUGUGCAAAAUGUAUUUUCGAAAUCGCAAGAAGUUUUAGCGAUCCAAAGUGACACGUCCAUGGAAACUAACAUAUCUGUAAUAAUUUCUGAAAAUUCUUUUGUCAACCUUUUACGAGGCUAUACGGCAGUUUCUGUAUCCUUUGUGAAAACAAUCAUCUCCAAGAACAGUUUUAAUAACUGUUCAUCGACAACUUUGAUAAGUGUUAAAAAUGGAUUCGAUCAUUUGAUCGCAAAUAAUACAUUUGUGAAUUCUACUGAUUCCAUCUGCUACGUACAAACGAAGCAGCCUUACACCAAGGGCAAGACAAUCUCGGCCUCACUCAAUUACUGGGAUACCAAUGACAUUUUCGCAGUUAAAUCCAAAGUUUGCGACUUUUUCGUGGAUUCGUCAACGGCUAUAAUUGAUGUUAAAGGAUUCUAUGAAGAUUUUUCGAUGAAGAAGCUUAAUUAUUCAAAGGCAAUCGAUAUGUUUCGUUCAGCGAUAAACGAGACAACCAAUAUCACAUACAUUGGCGGUAUUGUGGAUGAUGACAUAGACAUUUCAACCCUCGGCGUCUCUCGAUUUAUGCUAAACAGGAGUUUGCUCAUCCAAGAAGGCGUAACGGUUCGCAUUCAAGGGGUCACACUCAAUAUUACAGAUGUUAAAGGCAUCGUCGUUUUAGGGACACUUGUCAUAGGAUCUUCUGACAGCGUUGAUAGAACAGUCAUUCAAAAGCAUUCAGGUGUAUGGAAUAGCAUUGUACUCUACAACACUGGUUUGAACGUAUUGAACACAAAUAUAUCCGGGGCUGUAGCCGCCAUCGAUAUUAGGAGCUCGUCGUCUGUUUAUAUACACAACUGUACGGCAUAUGACGGGGCCAUGCAGUCUCUUAUAAAAGCUGACAAACCGAAACACAAUGUAUCUGUCCACAUAUCGAACUGUAUUGUGAGUGUCGAUGCAAAUGUAAUUGAGAUAGUCGUCAAUGAUUCCCAGUCGAUUGACGUCAACAUUGAAAAUAGCACAAUGACAUCGAACAGGAAUUAUAUUGUCUCAGUCACAGACGGAUCAUCGAACAGAUCUCCUAAGCUGGUCCGAGUGUCUGUUUUAGGUUCUCACUCUUAUGGUGGUGUUGGUGUGUUAAAUAUACGAGGAUGCUUCUUUAGGACGGAACUAACGAUUGUUGACUCUGAGUUUGCAGCAACUAGGUAUGGAACUCUCGUCAGUUUAGCGAAUCCGUCAAUGAAAACCGAGGCACACAGAAACAAGUUUGGCGAUUCACGUCGCGAUUUCUAUUUAGAAUUUUGUAAGCCAUUGACUGAUGUUAUGAAUAACUCAACGACAUUUAAUAUGGUCAACAACAUAUUUAAAAGCCAAUCCGACGGUGAAGUAUUUUAUAUGUACGAUUAUUCCGGAGCAACGGAACACACUUUUAAUUUCACGAACAAUUCAAUGGUUUAUAUGCAACCCACUGCACGGCAGUUUUUAUUUAUAACCAGUUAUGGAAAUUCAGAAAAGCAUACUUUGAAUUUUAUUUCAAAUACACUGGUCAACUCUUCGAAGACGCUUUUGGAAAUUCAUCAUCGAUUUAGACAGAUAACGUUAAAAUGGAACAAGUUUAUCAACAACUCUGCAUGCCUUCUUUAUUCUGCACCACCGCAUACUGAUAAAUUUCUUGGAUUUGAAAUUGACAGAAAUGAAUUUCAAGGAAACACACAUAUUGAUGGAAUUAUUGUCAUUUCAACGGAACAAUUCCAAAACGGAACUGUCAGCUUAACAAAUAAUGAUUUUAUUAACAAUAUGGGAACGUCGUUUAGCUUUAAAACUAGCAACGUCAGUAUUAAAUAUAAUUAUUUUGAAAACCCAGAGGCAUUGUAUAAUUUGAAGGUAAAUAAAUUUGUAACUCUAACGAACGUUCGUACGGAUAUAAACGCAUCCUUUAACUACUGGGGGACGACGGAUCCCCGGGAUAUAGAGAAUAAACUGUACGACAAAAGCUAUGAUGAAACACUUCUGGAUAUCUUGUACCGGCCAUACCUAGGUUCAAGAAAUAUUUCCGACUUUAGAAAUGAAGAGAUAAAUUUCGUUAACGGCAACGAAAUUGGAGGUAAUGUCAAUGGGGAUGUUACUCUACAUUCUGAUAAAGGUCCGUACGUUGUUGUUUCAAAUAUUGUCGUGGGUGAGAAUGAUACCUUAACCAUCCAAGAAGGCGUUGAAAUUCGAGUAAUGGCGGAUAUAGGAUUCACAGUAUUAGUCAAGGGACAUCGCAAAGACCGGUGAGGUUUAUAUCAGUAGACCACUUGGCUCCUUGGAAAGGAAUCGAACUCAAUUCAAAACAUGGAGUUAAUAUUACGCAUUUGCUUGUUAACAAUACCAAAGAAGGAAUCACACUGAAGACAACUAAGGCGACCCUUCAUGACGUAACAUCGACGUUUUCAAGGACAUCUGGUUUUUACAUCUUUGCUACAGACAAU